AGAAAGAAAUAUUCUUAAUCGUUAUCUAGUGAAAUGAAUUUGAUUUUUACGCAGUUUUUAAGCGUGAAUUCGCUAUUACAGCUUGUCAUUUUAGUUCUGGGAUGUACAUAUUUAGACGCCUGCUUGAUUGGGCCUGUCGGAAAUAACUCUGAUUCCGAAUGCUGUUAUGGCUUCUACAGAGUAAAAAAUAUUUGCAAAGAAUGCCAAGCAGGUUAUUUUGGAGACAAGUGUAGUGUGAAGUGUAUAUAUCCGGAGAAUGGGAAAUCAUGUGGAUUAAAGUGUAAUUGUUCGAUUUCACAUUGUCACAAUGAAAAGGGUUGUUCUAUAGUACAACAAGUCAAAAAAUUCAGGGAUGAAAAUAGUACUGAUGAAGAAAACUCACAUACCACAAACGAUUUGGACACAUAUAUACAUGUAAAUAACACCAAAAAGGUGGAGGAAAAUAAAUCUUCCUUGAGAAUUUUCAUAAUCUUUUUUGGUAUAAUCAUAUCAAGUUAUCUUACUUUGUGCAUUUUGUAUGAGUUGUAUAUUUUUUUUUACAAAAUGUUAAAAGAGGAUGAAAAUGUAAAUAUAAGUAACAAUGAGGAAAACAUUUACGCAGAAAUGAACAACACCAAUGAUAAUAACGAUCAGUUUCGUUAGAAAUACACGGCAUGAAAGU